UCCCCCCACCACCUCCAGGAUGCUUCAUCUGCAGACAUUAGAAAAGCAUAUCGUAAGCUUUCAUUAACUUUGCAUCCAGACAAGAAUAAAGAUGAAAAUGCAGAAACUCAGUUUAGACAAUUGGUGGCCAUUUAUGAAGUUUUAAAGGAUGAUGAACGAAGGCAGAGGUAUGAUGAUAUUCUGAUCAAUGGACUUCCAGAUUGGCGACAGCCUGUAUUCUACUACAGGCGGGUGAGAAAAAUGAGCAAUGCUGAGCUGGCAUUACUUUUGUUCAUUAUCCUCACAGUGGGUCAUUAUGCUGUGGUGUGGUCAAUCUACCUGGAAAAACAACUGGAUGAACUGCUUAGUAGAAAAAAAAGAGAAAAGAAAAAAAAGACAGGUGGCAAGAGUGUGGAUUUAUCGAAACUUGGUGCUUCAGAAAAAAAUGAAAGAUUACUGAUGAAACCACAAUGGCAUGAUUUGCUUCCAUGCAAGCUGGGGAUUUGGUUUUGCCUUACACUAAAAGCAUUGCCUCAUCUAAUCCAGGAUGCUGGACAGUUUUAUGCUAAAUAUAAAGAAACAAGACUGAAGGAAAAGGAAGAUGCAUUGACUAGAGCUGAACUUGAAACACUUCAAAAGCCAAAGAAAGUUAAAGUAAAAAAACCAAAACCUGAAUUUCCUGUGUAUACGCCUUUGGAAAGUGCAUAUAUUCAAUCAUAUGAUCAUGGAACUUCUAUAGAAGAAAUUGAGGAACAAAUGGAUGAUUGGCUGGAAAACAGGAACAGAACACAGAAAAAACAGGCACCUGAAUGGACAGAAGAGGACCUCAGCCAGCUGACAAGAAGUAUGGUUAAGUUCCCAGGAGGGACCCCAGGUCGAUGGGAAAAGAUUGCUCACGAAUUGGGUCGAUCGGUGACAGAUGUGACAACCAAAGCCAAACAACUGAAGGAUUCAGUCACCUGCUCCCCAGGGACGGUGAGGCUCUCUGAGCUCAAGUCAACAGCUCAGCAUUCCAGGCCCGGCAAGGCCACCGUGGCCCUGCCCGACGACAUCAUCACCCAGCGGGAGGACGCCCAGCAGGCCGCGGGCGCUGGGCAGGACAGCGAGCAGGAGCAGGAGGAGCAGGAGGCCGCGGUCCCGGAAGGCCAGCCGAGGAGACGCAAGCCAGCCAGGCUGCCCGAGGCGGCAGCGAAGGCAGAGCCAGAGGAGAAGUUCCGUGGAAGGAGGCAGAAGGACUUCGAUAUAUCAGAACAAACCGCAUCGAGCGACGAGGAGAGCCAGAGGAAAGAGAGAAGCCGCACUGCAGAGGAGCCAUGGACUCAGAAUCAGCAGAAACUUCUGGAAUUAGCAUUACAGCAAUACCCAAAGGGAUCCUCUGACCGCUGGGACAAGAUCGCCAAAUGCGUCCCGUCUAAGAGUAAGGAAGACUGUAUCGCUAGAUACAAGUUGCUGGUUGAACUGGUCCAAAAGAAAAAACAAGCUAAAAGUUGAAUAUUCUGGAAGAUGAUGUUCACCUUCAUUUUCCAAAAUGAGUAUUUUAAAACUCUUAUGCAGAAAUUUGCAUUUUGUACCUCAGCAUUCUAUGAAUCAUGUGCCUUAAUAAAAAAAUAAUAAUAAAUUUAAAAUAAAUGUUG